ACCCCCCCCCCCCCCUCGGAAGAACCUUUGAAGUCUUUUUUUCUUUUCAUUAUUAAGACCCUUUCCUUCCUGGAUCCCGCAAAAUGUUCAAUACCCAUUAUGACAGAGACCACCAUGACCAUGAUGGGAAUGACUUGCCAAUCUGCGGCGAGUCUUCCGGAGAGAUUGGAGCUCACAGGGAGGAGUCUACUUCAGAUUGCAUGUCAGAGGUGGACUUGGAGGGUGGAGCUCUUGAGAGGGAAGUGCAUUCAGGUAACAAGGGAGAGAGAAGAGAUUGUAGGAUUUGUCAUUUGGGUUUAAAGAGUCGUGGUGGGUUAGCAGCUAUUGAAUUGGGUUGCUCCUGUAAGGGUGAUCUGGGAGCUGCCCACAAGAAAUGUGCGGAAACAUGGUUCAAGAUCAAAGGGAACAUGGUUUGCGAGAUAUGUGGUGCCACUGCUGUUAAUGUUGCUGGUGAUCAAGUGAAUGAACCAAAUACUGCCAUGUCCGUGGCCCCAUCAGCAGCUGUAGCUCCUGUAAUCGCUUCGGAAAAUCAAACUUUCUGGCAUGGCCGCCGCAUAAUGAACUUCCUGCUUGCCUGCAUGGUCUUCUUAUUCUUCAUCUCUUGGCUUUUUCACUUUAAAGUCAUAAGAUGAACUCCUGAGAAAAGAUUUGAUAACAUCUCUGCAUCGCGCAUUGGCGUAAUACCCCUCUGCGGCUCAGCCUACACAGUUGGUCCCCUGUUUCUCUUGAAGUCUUCAGACAACAUGGUAAAAGCUUCUGUGUACAAUGUAGUACAUUUCAUGUACAUGUAUAUAUUCUAGUUGCCUUUCAUGGUAAUCCUGCCUUCUUGUCUUUAUAUUU